AAGGCUCCUACGGUCAUGCUUGCAGGAGGAUGCUUUGAGGAGGCAGAGCAGCUCUGCUGUACCUGUGUGCCGCAGGAGCACAAGGAAAGAAGCCUAAAACAGGAUGAUGGUAGUUCCCGAAACACCUACUGUUGCUCUUUACCCACUCCUCUUUCCUUUCCGCGCCUUGGUCCCUCUUCCUUACACCCGUUCCAGGAAAAACCGACCCACUCUCUGGAGGCCGGCAUUCCCCAAAGCCCUUAUUCCACGGGCAGGAGUUCAAAGGUGACCCCCCGAGUCGGGCAGUGUUUUUUGCUCUGUUUUGUGAGACGCGAGUACCAGGCAGGCGCCCUUUCGCGGCUUGCGGGGGCGGCCCGGCGCUUCCGCCUGACCCCGCGGCCGGCGGGCGGAAUUCCCGCGGCCGCUUCCGCGGGAAGCGCCGCCCCUCGCGCAUGGCGGCGCCCGGCUGUCCCUGAGCGGGGCCGCCCGGGGCUGCGGCGGGUCCGGCUCCCCAUGGCGCUGAGCAGCCGCCUGCUGCUGGCGGCCGGCGGGCUCCGUGCAGCGGGUGUUCGUUUUGCAUCAACUACAGCCAGUGUCAAAACUGAGACUGAAGUGGAUACAAGUGAAAAUGAGGUUGUUGCCCCAAACUUCACUAAUAGAAAUCCUCGGAACUUGGAGCAGAUGGCCCUGGCUAGGAAGGAGCGUGGCUGGAAGACAACGUGGCCGAAGCGUGAGUUCUGGCACAGAUUACGGCUUGAGCGGACACAGCAUUACGUAGAAGCCUUUGUCGAGCGCUCCAAUGGGGAUGUUGUGCUGUCUGCCUCUACCCGAGAGUGGGCCAUAAAGAGACACUUGUACAGUCCCAAGGGAGUAGCUGCAUGCAGAAACCUUGGCCGUGUAAUGGCACAGCGCUGUUUGGAAGCUGGAAUCAACUUUGUGAACUUUAAAGCCAUUAUCCCCUGGGAACACCGUUGUGACUCGAUUCAGGAAUUUGAGAAAGCUAUGAAGGAAGGUGGUGUUGUUCUGCAUGAGCCACGGAGAAUCUACCGAUAAAAUGGAGAUCGUUGGGAAGACUUUCCAAGGAGCAAGGAUUGCUUCUUUAGGUUUGUGUACUGGCAAAGGGAAGGUCCAGAUCUGGAAAAAGUUGGAAUGUGUCAUCUUAUAAUAAAAUAUUUUCACAUGGA